CACAACCGCAUUGUUGUUGGGGGAAAGAAACCAGGCUGGGGCAGUCAAUGAUCAUUAUAGCAAAUGUUUAAAGGACAUUAGAACAUAGUCGUGUUUGCAAAUUAUUUAUGCUUAAAACUGAAUAGAAUUUGGAAUCCAUAAAAUAUUUGUGGAUACCGCUUGGUAUCGUUCAAAUUGAUGAUUUAAAGCUCGAGCGGCGCCCGUUGGAUGAGAGGAUUGUGUGUGGAUUUAGCUGUAGCUUGUGCUCUGCAGGCCAGAUCGCCAUUGCAUGCAAGCGCUGCCGUUUUCAAAAGCGGAUUUCCUGAACACAUAAGGUAAUUUAGAGUCUUAAUGAUGAGAAAGAAAGCACGGUACCAUCAUCGUCGCAUGGCGAUGCCGCAGCGGGCUCCCUCGCCCAUCAAACCCUCGCCCAAUCGAGAGACCCUGACCUACGCCCAGGCCCAGCGCAUAGUGGAGCUGGAGAUUGACGGGCGCGUGCACCGCCUCAGCAUCUACGACAAGCUGGACGUCAUCGCCGACGACGACCCCACCGCACAGGAAAUCAUUGAGUGCAACAGCAACAAGGAGAACAACGAGAAGCCCCAGCAGGUCCUGGUGCGCUCCGUGCGGCUCAAGAACAAUCAGCAGAAGAAGAAUGCAUCCCUGACAGGACCCAUGCACGCCACUGGGCCCCAGGGAACCCCGCUCCUCGACCCCAAGUUCCGCACUGUAGAGUAUAACCUCCCGGCCGUACCGAGGAGGCCCUCUGCCUACUACAAGUACUCUGAGAAAACCGCUGAGGAACUGGACGAGGAGGUGGAGUACGACAUGGACGAGGAGGACUACGCCUGGCUGGAUCUGAUCAAUGACAAGAGGAAGAGCGAAGGCGUCAGCCAGGUCUCCCACAACCUCUUCGAGUUCCUCAUGGACCGCUUCGAGAAGGAGUCCUUCUUCGCCACUCGGGGUCGCGGCGACCUGCAGGCCAUGGUGGACGAGGACGCCGUCUGCUGCAUCUGCAUGGACGGCGACGGCGCCGACAGCAACGUCAUCCUCUUCUGCGACCUGUGCAACAUCGCCGUCCACCAGGAGUGCUACGGGGUGCCCUACAUCCCGGAGGGGCAGUGGCUGUGUCGCCACUGUCUGCAAUGCCCCUCGCGGCCCUCCGAGUGCGUCUUCUGUCCCAACAAGGGAGGCGCCCUCAAGAAGACUGACGACGACCGCUGGGGCCACGUGGCGUGCGCCCUCUGGGUGCCCGAGGUCGGCUUCUCCGACACGAUGUUCAUCGAGCCCAUCGAUGGCGUCAGUAACAUCCCGCCAGCUCGCUGGAAGCUCACCUGCUACCUUUGCAAAGAGAAAGGUGCGGGGGCCUGCAUCCAGUGCCACAAAAUCAACUGCUACACGGCCUUCCACGUCAGCUGCGCCCAAAAGGCCGGUCUCUAUAUGAAGAUGGAGCCCGUCAAGGAGGUCACGGAGGCGGGCUCUCCCACGUUUUCGGUAAAGAAGACCGCCUACUGCAGCGCUCACACCCCGAAAGGGUGUGUCCGGAGACCCCUUGCCAUCUAUGAGGAGACCCACCCGACAAACGGCCUAUGUGACAAGCGGGGGGAUAAACGGGGGAGGACCAGGUUAAAAGGAUGGCAGAAAAGGAGUAAGAGAGCAGAGCCAGAACCUGAAGAAGAAACACCCGCCACCUCAGGGCCCAGUAUAACCUCCUCAAGUUUUGACACCAUCCUCAACCAGGUGUCUGUCCAGAAGAAGAGGGUGUUUGUGGAGCGAGUCCUGAGCUACUGGGUGCUGAAGAGGCAGGCCAGGAACGGCGUCCCGCUGAUCAGAAGGCUCCAGACCAACCCCCAGGCUCCGAAGAUGGAGCGGCCGGUCAGUCCAGAGGACCGUCGAUUGGAGGAAAACAGAGCACUAAAGGAGCAGCUGAAGGAAUGGCAUCGUCUACGCCAUGACCUGGAGCGAGCUCGCUUACUGCUGGAGCUGAUCAGGAAGAGGGAGAAGCUAAAGAGGGAGGAGAUGAAGCUCCAACAGUCCGUUCUGGAGGUUCAGCUUACACCAUUGAACAUUCUACUAAGAGCCGUUCUGGACCAGCUGCAGGAAAGGGACCAAGCCAGGGUCUUCGCCCACCCUGUCAGCGUCAAAGAGGUGCCUGAUUACCUGGACCACAUCAAGAACCCCAUGGACUUCUCAACCAUGAGGAAACGCAUUGACGCCCACGGCUACAAGGACCUGGACGAGUUUGAGUCCGACUUCAACCUCAUCAUCUUCAACUGUAUGAAGUACAACGCCAAGGAGACGUUCUUCCACAAGGCUGCUCUGAGGCUGCAGGACCAGGGCGGGGCCAUCCUCCGGAAGACCCGACGGGAUGCGGAGAGGAUCGGCUUUGACUUUGCCAGCGGACUGCACCUCCAGGAGCCGCCUAAACUAGAGGCUCCUCCACCUUUCUCCUGGGAUGACGUGGACCGGAUACUGAACCCAGCCAACCGGGUUAACAUGCCCUUAGCGGAGCAGCUGAGAGCGCUGCUGGAGAAGUUGGAUCUUAGCACGGCCAUGAAAUCCAGCCCGUCACGCAGCAAGCGACUGAAGCUGCUCAAGAAAACCAUAAUGGAGGUGAGGAGCGAGAUGAGCCUGAAGAAGCCCCGCCCAACGCCCUCUGAGCCCCCACAACCGGAGACGGAGGAGAAACCACUCCCUCCACCGACUGGAGAUGAAACGCAUAAGGACGGUUUGUGUCAAUCAGGAGUCACAGAAGUGACAGGAGAAAUGUUGUUGCCUCCACCGAAACUUGAGCCCUUGAACUCUCCUCUGCCCCAACCCGUAAACCCGGCCAGUCCACCAGAGCCUCGGCCUCACCCUCCCACCCUCAAACCCAUCAAACCUAUCAAACCCAACACGGACAAGAACCAGAAGAGCUCAAAAGGUGACAGCAACAGCACCGCCACCACUACCUCAGUACCCCAGGAAACCCCAAACGGGCACAUUUCCAACCCGCUGCUCCCUAACAACAGCCUCAGUGUUGUGGCCACCUCGACGCUCGCCCGGCCGUCCGCCACGAGCAACCGGCGGACCAACAUCCUGUUUCGCAAGUCCAAAAGCACGAGUCCUCAGAAGCCCUCGAAGAUGGCGGAGACGCCGCCCGGUUCCCCGCCACUGGGGGCCAAAACGUUUCUCUCGGUGGUCAUCCCUCGCCUGGAGACCCUUCUGCUGCCCAGGAAGAGAACCCGAAGUGUCAGUGGUGACUGCGAGGAAGAGGACGAGUCUCCCAUCAAGCGCCUUGACACAGGCUUAGUCAAUGGUUUUGUUGUCGAGCAGGAGAGUGAGCCCAGCCCUAACAGGCCGCUGGAGCCCAGGCGACGUUGUGCCUCCGAAUCCAGUAUCUCUUCCAGUGGCAGUGUGCUCUGCAGCACCAGCACCAUCACCCUGCCCAAAAACGGGAAAGGGAAACCAGCCGGGGCACGUAGAAACACUGUGGACGACAAAAACACUCUCAUCACCUGCAUUGAGAAUGGAGAGUUCACUAAAGCAGCCAAAAUUGCAGCAGAAGUUGGCAACGGAAAUAUGUGGAUGCCCACUAGUGCCUCAACAUUUGUACUGGAACCUCUUAAACUAGUUUGGGCAAAAUGUAGUGGAUAUCCCUCCUAUCCUGCCUUGAUCAUAGACCCCAAGACGCAGAGGACGGGGUGUCACCACAGCGGGGUGUCCCUGCCCCCUCUGGACGUCCUCCGGGUCGGAGAGCAGAUGCAGUACCGGUCCGACGAGAAGCUCUACCUCGUCCACUUCUUCGACAACAAGCGCAGCUGGCAAUGGCUUCCUAAAUCCAAGAUGGUUCCAUUUGGUGUUCACAAGACUGUUGACAAGUUCAAGCUGGCGGAGGGGCGUUCCUCUGGCGUUCGCAAAGCCGUACAGACCGCCUUCAACCGCGCCAUGAGCCACCUGAUCCAGGCCCAGGACAGGCCCGGCGUGGACCACGGCCUCACGGACCCAACCCACCCAGUCAUACCCUCCCUGCCCCACCCCUAGGAGGCACACUUCACUUCUUGUUUUACUUGAUAUUCCAUAGAGAGGUCCUAGUAUUCUGCCUCACCCCCCCCCCCCAAAAAAAUUACCUGCCCCCUCUUCUUCUGUCGUUUUGUUUACUUUUAUCCCCGCACAUGUGGGGCUUCACUCACCAAGCUUUCAAGCCCGUAAAAGUCUGACCGAUCUGUCUUGAUCCAGGUUUUUUCAUAGACUUCUACAAUCUAUCCAUCUGAGCUGCUCGUCGAUAAAAUAAAGAUGUGUGUGUGACUGACUACCAGCAUGCUCCAACCCCCCCCCCCCAUUCCUCCUUUCUGAAUCAAUGACCUUCGAAAUAUUGUAGCUUGCAACAUGUCACCCACGUUUUACGUCAAUGAGCUAUGCAAAUUAACUUGGGUGAGCGACCACGGUUGGCUGGGGGAGUGGGGCGGAGCACAAAAGAAACAUUCACAUCCUUGGGAUCUGAGUACGGACUUUGAAAGAAGAAGUAAAAAGAAGAAAAAAAACGCUGGUUUAACCGGAUGAAUGUGCCAGAGCUGGAUCUCAGUCCAGUAAUUUGCUGCAAGACUGCUACAACUUCCACUGCCAUCAUGACCUCCUUCCCCUCACUCCCAUCUCUUCACAGCAGCAGCCCUGUAUUUUUACCCCCUGUAAAUACCCUGUACAAGGCCUGACACUAAUUUAUUCAGUUUCUCUGUUAUUAUUGGUACUGCGUGUUCACUUUCUAUUUAUACUAUUGGGGUGAUUCACGUCAGCGCUAUGGUGCGUAUUUUGCUGGUGCUAUGACCUGUGAAAGUCUGCUACAAUGGCGACUUAAAACAGGCAAAAACCAUACUGUAUUGAAACAUUUUUUUUUCUUUCUCUCAUUUCAGCUACUUUUUUUAUGGUUUCGUAAGUUAUUGAAUUAUAUUGGGAAGCUUCUGCUCUUUGCAUUAACGUGAUGUGUGUGUUGUUGUUUUUUUUUUACCAGAAUGUUUUUACGGGACAUUUCAUGUUUUGUUUGUACAUAUUUAUAUCGAAUCUAUAUAAUUGUAUACUUAAGAUGCUCUCAAUUGUUGAAAAAGCCGAAAGUGCAUCAUUCACACAAAACCAAAAAUUUGCUGCCCAGAAGUUUCCAUAGUUUUCUUUUUCUUUUUUUUUUACAAUAACACUUACGUUUUUGUUUGCCUUGUGUGGUGUGUGUGAUUGGUGAAUAGCCUGUAAAUGUCUUCUGACAAUGAUUUCAACUGUGUUACAGUGACCUAUAAUGAGAUGACUGUAGAAGAAUGUGCCUGUACUAAUUUAUUGUAAAGGAGAAAUGUAUAUGCAUUACUUUAUAUAGAGAGAGAGAAUUGUAAGAAGAUACUAUUGGCACACUAGGAGACAAAUGUAGAGGACCCUUUUUUUUGAAUAUUAUCGUUGGUUUUUAUUCAGAGGCAUUAAUCUUAACGGUUGGGAUGAUAGAAUCUGACAUUUUGUUCUGUUAGGAGAAUCUGGGGUAGCAAUGGGUAGAUUUGUUUUCUUAUGGAUGUUAUUGUAAAUAGACUUGGUACUAGUCUUAUUCUCUGGGAAAACACAUUAUAGCCAAUGGGAGUGGAUACUGGCUAAGACCAGUAUUUUUUUUUAUAUAUAUAAAACACUGAAAAUAAAAAAAAUCAAUUG